AUGACUUGUCAAGGUAACAUCUACAUGAAAUUUGUUUGAAAUUUUUAAAAAUAAAAAUAAACAAAGGGAGAUAAGACGCAUUUUUGGACAAUAUGAGACCAAUUUUGAUUGUUUUUCUGUUUGUUUGUUCGAUGAACGAAGGAUUUUGUCAAGAAAAUUCCGUUAUUGGAGACAGAUGCUCUCUCACAGAAACCCAAUCCGGCAUUUGUCGUCUAAUAGAUGCAUGUCCUUCGGUGUAUCAAGAUCGUGAAAAGCACAAAAAGCGUCCUAAAUUGUGUGGAUUUCAUGGAACAAAGCCGAUUGUUUGUUGUUCAGAUGCGGUUGUUGCUUCAACGACAGAUACUCCAUUACCAACGAACGCUAUAACAUCUCAAAGUAAGCCUGAAGCUGCUAUUCCAUCACGAACUGAGUCACGUGACGUUAAUUAUUGUGAGCGUUUCGGUCAAUUUGUGUACGAAAACAUUACAAUUCCGGGAGAAACAAACUUCUUCAAGGAAAAUCGCUGUUCUGUCAAACCAAAUGAACUUUUUGCGGGAACAGUUCGUGCUGAUUUACGGGAAUUUCCGCAUAUGGUCUUGAUUGGCACAGACAGAAAUCAAGAAGCGCGCUAUUUUUGUGCAGGAGCGUUGAUUUCUGAUCAUUUUGUGUUGACUUCAGCUCAUUGCAUUCAAAAUACAGGGGCAAAAUACGUCAAAAUAACAGGAGUUCAAGGCAUACAAGAACAAUAUUUUACCGUUUCUGAGUUCAUCGUACAUCCGCAAUACUCAAACACUUCCUUCUACCAUGACAUUGGCUUGUUACGUCUUAAUCGGCCCGUUUCGUUAUCAUCAUAUACGAGACCCGCAUGCCUUCCCUUUCAAAAUGUGAAUUUAACGGAGCCAUUAAACGCUUUUGUUCAUUCAACAUGGGAGAUUGUCGGCGACACAGGAAUUCAAUUCAUGAAAGUGCGUCUUCAGAAAAUGGAUCGUGCCAAAUGUCAAGCAGAAUAUGCGAAUAUUGAUGCUUUGUAUGAAGGCAUUGACAAUAUCAGACAAAUUUGCACAACAGACUCGUCAUCGGGAAAUAACAACAACAACAACAAUUGUCAAUCGAAUCUCGGAGGUCCGUUACUCGUCAAUCAUCCGCACACUUAUUGCUCGUAUUUGUUGCUUGGAUUCUCGUCAUUCGCUAAAACUUGUGGAUUUACGCAAUCGCCUGUCGUUUUCACGGAUGUUCGUCCUUACAUGCGAUGGAUCGAGAGAACUGCUUUUAAUGGUUUAUAAAAAAAAAUUCAUGACUUUUGCAAUUCCUUAU